UCUGGUCGGUUGUUGAUUUACCAGGUCUGAAGCCACACUGAUAAGGUCCAAUCAGUUUGUUGACGGUGGGCUUUAAUCUUUCACACAAUACGUUCGAUAGAACCUUGUACGCGAUGUUGAGGAGGCUUAUCCCACGGUAGUUGGCGCAGAUUGUGGGGUCUCCUUUUUUAUGGAAUGGGCAUAGCACACUUAAAUUCCAAUCGUUGGGCAUGCUUUCAUCCGACCAUAUUUUACAAAGAAGCUGAUGCAUGCUCCUUAUCAGUUCUUCGCCGCCGUGUUUGAAUAGCUCGGCCGCCAAUCCAUCGGCCCCUGCCGCUUUGUUGUUCUUCAGGCGGGCAAAUGCUAUUCGAAGGAUGGAGUCAUGUGUAGAAGUUCACGCAAGUGAGGAAAGUUCUCUGAUCGCCAUUCACUUGGGAGUGGUCAGAAACGAUUCUUUUACAUAUGACUCAAGCAGCUCACGACUUCCGGUCUUUGACCAAGUAUCCUCUGGGUAGCCUAAGAACAUCCGUUUGAAGGCGAGCUAAAGUGAGAAGGCGAAAUAUCCGCUACAUAGGGUUGUGCGCUGGGUUUGGGACCCGCCAUGUAAAAAAACAACCCCAGCGAAUAGUAACAACCAGCCUCGGAUGAGAGACCCCCCUUUUGAUGAUGACCAUGCAAAACGAAAUAAGGACUACGAAUUGAAGGAAUGCACCUGGAAUGUCCGGUCCCUUAAGUGGGAAGGUGUCGCUGCCCAGCUGGUUGAUGUCCUCGUGAAAAUAAAGGCUGACAUCACCGCCGUCCAAGAAAUGCGAUGGACGGGACAAGGACAAAGACGAGUCGGUCCUUGUGGCAUUUACUACAGUGGCCAUAUAAAGGAGCGCAAGUUUGGUGUUGGAUUCGUGGUGGGAGAGAGACUCCGUCGCCGAGUACUAUCAUUCACCCCGGAGAAUGAACGUCUAGCCACAAUCCGCAUCAAAGCGAGGUUCUUCAACAUAUCGCUGAUUUGCGCCCACGCCCCGACGGAAGAGAAGGACGAUGUGACCAAAGAUGCCUUUUAUGAGUGCUUGGAGCGCACUUAUGAGAGAUGCCCCCGCCACGAUGUCAAAAUCGUGCUUGGCGACUUUAACGCCAGGGUGGGCAAAGAAGGUAUCUUUGGCACUACGGUCGGUAAAUUCAGCCUCCACGACGAAACGUCCCCAAAUGGGUUGAGGCUGAUCGACUUCGCCGGGGCCCGAAAUAUGGUUAUCUGUAGUACUAGAUUCCAGCAUAAGAAGAUACAUCAAGCUACCUGGCUGUCUCCGGAUCGAAAAACCACCAACCAGAUCGAUCAUGUUGUGAUAGACGGAAGACACGUCUCCAGUGUUUUAGAUGUGCGUGCGCUCCGAGGUCCUAACAUCGACUCGGACCACUAUAUUGUUGCACCCGCCUCUGUGCAGCAAAAAACGUAAACGAGAAGCUGCAAUCACAACAGACAGCCGAAAAAUUUUCUACUCGGCUUGCACUCCUGCUCUCGAGAGCACUCGUCAACAACUCGGUAUAAGGGAACUGUGGGACGGCAUUUCAAACUCCUUACGUAUAGCUGCAACCGAAACCAUUGGUUUUCGGAAAGUGCAAAAGAACAGCUGGUACGACGAGGAGUGCCGUGUCGCAGCGGAGAGAAAACAGGCUGCCUACCUCGCAACGUUACGAUCGACCACAACACGUGCGGGAUGGGAUAGAUACCGAGAGUUGAAGAGGGAAGCGAGACGCAUUUGCAGACAGAAGAAGAAAGAGGCCGAAAUGCGUGAGUACGAACAGCUUGAUAAGCUGGCCGACAGGGGUAAUGCUCGAAAAUUCUACGAAAAAAUGCGGCGACUUACAGAAGGUUUCAAGACCGGAGUAUACACCUGUAGAACCCCCAAAGGUGAUCUAGCCACCGAUGCCCAGAGCAUACUUAGAUUAUGGAUGGAACACAUCUCCAGCCUGCUGAAUGGCAGUGAACACAUAACACCAGGAGAAGGCGAACCCGAUUCGCCAAUCGAUGACGAUGGAGCAGACGUUCCAUUAUCCGACCAUGAAGAAGUUCGAAUAGCAGUUGCCCGCCUGAAGAACAACAAAGCGGCAGGGGCCGACGGAUUGCCAGCCGAGCUAUUUAAACACGGCGGCGAAGAACUGAUAAGGAGCAUGCAUCAGCUUCUUUGCAAAAUAUGGUCAGAUGAAAGCAUGCCCAACGAUUGGAAUUUAAGUGUGCUAUGCCCAAUCCAUAAAAAAGGAGACCCCACAAUCUGCGCCAACUACCGUGGGAUAAGCCUCCUCAACAUCGCGUAUAAGGUUCUAUCGAGCGUAUUGUGUGAAAGAUUAAAGCCCACCGUCAACUAACUGAUUGGACCUUAUCAGUGUGGCUUCAGACCUGGUAAAUCAACAACCGACCAGAUAUUCACCAUGUGCCAAAUCUUGGAAAAGACCCGUGAAAGGAGAAUCGACACUCACCACCUAUUCGUCGAUUUCAAAGCUGCUUUCGACAGCACGAAGGCAGCUCCCUUUUUGCCGCGAUGUCGGAAUUUGGUAUCCCCGCAAAACUAAUACGGCUGUGUAAACUGACGUUGAGCAGCACCAAAAGCUCCGUCAGGAUCGGGAAGGACUUCUCCGAGCCGUUUGAUACCAAACGAGGUUUCAGACAACGCGGCUCCCUAUGGUGCAACUUCUUCAAUCUGCUGCUCGAGAAAAUAAUUCGAGCUGCACAACUUAAUCGAGCAGGUACAAUCUUUUAUAAGAGUGUACAGCUGCUGGCGUAUGGCGAUGAUAUUGAUUUCAUCGGCCUCAACACCCACGCUGUUAGUUCUACUUUCUCCAUACUGGACAAGGAUGCAAAGCAAAUUGGUCUGGCAGUGAACGAGGGCAAGGCGAAAUAUCUCCUGCCAUCAAACAAACAGUCGUCGCAUUCGCGACUUGGCUUUCACGUCACUGUUGACAGUCAUAACUUUGAAGUUGUAGAUAAUUUCGUCUAUCUUGGAACCAGCGUAACACCACCAACAAUGUCAGCCUAGAAAUCCAACGCAGGAUAACUCUUGCCAACAGGUGCUACUUCGGACUGAGUAGGCAAUUGAAAAGUAAAGUCCUCUCUCGGCGAACAAAAACCAAACUCUAUAAGUCGCUCAUAAUUCCCGUCCUGCUAUAUGGUGCAGAGGCUUGGACAAUGACAACAACCGAUGAGUCGAUGUUGCGAGUUUUCGAGAGAAAAGUUCUGCAAAAGAUUAAUGGUCCUUUGCGCGUUGGCCACGGCGAAUAUCGCAUUCGAUGGAACGAUGAGCUGUACGAGAUAUACGACGACAUUGACAUAGUUCAGCGAAUUAAAAGACAGCGGCUACGCUGGCUAGGUCAUGUUGUCCGGAUGGAUGAAAACACUCCAGCUCUGAAAGUAUUCGACGCAGUACCCGCCGCGGGAAGCAGAGGAAGAGGAAGACGUCCACCCUGGUGGAAGGACCAAGUGGAGAAGGACCUGGCCUCGCUUAGAAUAGCCAAUUGGCACCACGUAGCGAAGAGAAGAAACGACUGGCGCGCUGUUGUUGACUCGGCUAUAAUCGCGUAAGCGGUGUCUACGCCAGUAAAGAAGAAGAAGAAGUUUAUGGACCCUAUACAGUUUCCAUUUCCACCGCACAACGAUGGUUUCAACGUUUUCGUUCUGGUGUGGAGGUGGUCGAAGAUGCGCCACGCUCCCGAAGGCCUGUCGUCGAAAAUUGCGAUAAAAUCGCUGAAUUGGUCGAAAGAGACCGGCUUAGUAGUCAUCAAACCGUUAUAAACCAUUUGAAGAAGCUUGGAGUCACUAAGAAGCUCGAUGUAUGGGUGCCACACGAAGUGAUUCAAUAAAAAUACCGAAAGACUUUUUUGACAACCCAAUAUUAGAAAAAUGUAAAAACCAAAAGUAGUAAACGCUAUAAAAAUAGACGAACAAUUAUUAUUUUACGCCGAAAAUGACAUUAUCAAUACAUUUCCCAAUGCCUCUAUCGUUCUAACUCAUAACAUGGUUGACAACAUAACCGACAUCGAACAACAAAAACAAAUCAUAAAUGACACACAUAGACGUGCACACAGAAACUACAAAAAUAAUGCACAGGAAAUUUCCCUAAAAUAAACAUACGUAACGCUUGUAAAAAAGAAGUACAAGACUGUGAAAUCUGUCUCACAAACAAAUGCGAACGCCGACCAAACAAACAACCAAUUGGUUCCGCACCAACGCCAAACAAAGUAGGCGAAUACAUACACUUAGACUUAUUCUACAUGAGCGAUAACAUAUACAUUAGCUCAACGGACAAAUACUCAAAAUUUUGCUACUUUAGACAAAUACAUUCAAGAAAAGAUACAUACAAAUACGUCGACGAGAUUCUUUCACAAAUAUACCCAAACGCAAAAUUUUUAAUGACUGAUAACGAUCUAUCGUUUACAAGCAUAUGUGCACAAUAAAUUUGCAAACGAUUACAAAUAACGCACACAAAAACGCCAGCGUUCCAUUCUACUACAAACGGACAAGUUGAGCGCACGCACAGUAAAAUGAUUGAAAUCGCGAAAGUUUUAGCUGACCAGAAUAAUUCACCACCGGAAGACCAAAAUUUUGAAGCUGUUCGGCAGUACAACAAAACCAUAGAUUCCGUUACCAACGAGAAACCCGAGGGCGUGUUUUAUAAUCAAAAGGGGUAUCCCGACAUCCAAGAACGAAUAAACCAGGAAAGAGUCUUGCGUCAUCAUAAUCGCAAUCGAAAGCAACUGAACUAAUUAGAAACAAAAAAAAUCAACUUAUGCCAAAUAUAUAUAGGCCCAAAAGAUCUCUUAACUUUCUUGGUUCUGUACUUAAAUUUAUAACUGGUACACCAGAUCAUAACGACCUUAUCGAAAUAAAAACUUCAAUUAAUAUGCUAAUAGAAAAUAAUAACAAACAAAAGAGCAUUAAUUAGCAGUUUGAAAGAAUUCUUGAAACACUUGAUCCUCAAGCAAUAAAUGAGAAUUUAAUAAUAGGAGAAAUUUAUAACGAAUUACAAACAAUAACUAAUACUAUUAAUAGAAAAAAAUGAAAUUUUUUACUCUGCCACACUUAAUCCGAAUGAUGUGCAUAAAUUAAUAAACCAUGAGUAGUUGGAUCAUCCAUUAAUUAAUAUAUUGGAAUAUUUUGGUCCUUAGGAUAUAAUUAUAAUUUUCAAAUAACCAAUACUCGAAACUAUCUGUAGACUAUUUAAUGUAUAACCUUUAUCACAAAAGUACGGUAAAAUUAAUUUACAUCCUAAGAUAGCAAAAUGCAAAUACUAUAAAAGCGUUUCAAAAUGUAAGAAUUUUUUCAGUAUAUUUGUAAAUCAGAACAUUCUGAUAAUUGUACUAUCAAAAUAUUAAACGAUAAAUCAGCACAAUGUAAAACAAUUCAAAAAAUAACGCUCCACUCCAAAUCCUAGAGAAUGGAUACAUUUUGACAGAUUACCAGCCUACUUGGAACAACAUGCAUAUAUCAGACCCUAAAUUGAUACACUUCAAUGAAUCCACGAACAUCGAUAACAUGACAUAUUACAAUCAUCAAACAACAACAAUUUGUAGCAGCAUAGCGAGGACGCUACGUUUUUAAGAACGAGGGGAGUUAACGAGUAAAGCACAAAUCAGCUUUUCUGUGUUUUUACAAAAGUGACCAAUGUUAUUAUUCUUAAAGCAAUAAAUUUCGUCUUUCAAUUAAAAAUAUAUAAAAUAAUAAAUAUAUAAAUAAAAAUUAUAUCAAUUAUAAUGUAAAUGAAAUUAAAUUAAAACAUUCGGGCUCAUUUAUCUAUAGCUGAAUGUAUUUUGCUUUCUAUUUUUAAUAUUUUUGUUUAAUAACAUGUUUCUUAUUUCUAAAUAAAAAAUGUCUAUAACGGAAAAAGUACCGCUAUAAAAUGUAGUCAAAUAUGCACAAUACUUGAAAAGUUUGGGUGCUAAAGUUUGCGUGGCCUCGAGUGUAUAGCAAGAAUGAUAGAGAAAGAGAUUACGCAAUGCGCAUGUUUGCUUUCAGUCAGCUGUUCUUGCUGACGUCACGGUUGACUUAUUAUUCGCCCGCGCUAUUGAAAGUGAAUUCGAAUUGCGUUUUCAAGUGUUAUAUUAAUUGUUAAAUUCUAUAUUUCUAAAAUGCGUUGUGCAGAGUUCGGUUGUAAUAAUAACAAUGGUAAAAAUUGUGCUACGAAGUGGAGAUUUUUUCAUUUCCCUAAGGAUAAAGCCGCAUUAAAACAAUGGAUUUAUUUUUGUCGACGGACGGACAAAAUUAACGUUAAAAAUGCUUGCAUUUGUGAAGUGCACUUCGCGCCAGAAGCUUUCGAAAGAAAUUUGCAGUUUGAAAUGGACAAAGACUGAAUAGUGUUGUUAGCACUUUGAAUAAGUGCAAAAACGACAGUUAGCAGAAAUUAAACGUCUCAAGAUCCAUUUCCAUUAAAACUGCGGAAUUCCAUAGAAAUAAUUUGCAGCAAAAACUUGGCUGCAUUUUCACCAACGGCCAGGUAAUAUUUUUCAACGUGUGUCAGUUGAUCUGAAUUCCACUGACCCAAUUGAAAAAGAUGAUGACUUGGAGAUUCUCAACAACGACGGACUUGAGAAUUUGGCAGGGUACAUCUGCCACAAACUCUGUAAAGACAACCCCGAAAUUUGUGCCAAUUCCGAAAAUUGUUCGUCCCAUACUUGGGUGGAUCACCUUUCCGAAGGAGGACUCUCAAAACCAACAGAUAUGUUGAUGAUAUGCCUUGCACAAUAUUUGACGACGUCAAUGGUAAUGAUUUGCAUAUAUGUACAAACUACGUCCAGAAGCACAUAGAUUUAAGUGAUUUUGUAAAUUGUAGCUCGAAAAUAAAAGAAUUAUUUUUCAGAGCUAGAAUGUAUUUUAGGAUUCGUUCCUUAAAUAAAAACAUAAUUGAACAUAUGUUUAGUAAAAAAAAAAAAUUAAAUAAAACAAUAAAUCGAUACUUGGUUACAAAAUAUUCAAUCUUUUUAUUUGCAUAAAUGUAUAUGGUUGAAACAAACACAGCAAAGAUUGUCUCUUUUUAAAUAAUCCAAUGAAAAUUCAAUUAAAUGAAUAUGUAUGUAAAUGUUCACUAUAAAAUAUUCACUUAUAUUGAUAUCUUUUAUUAAUAUUCACUUAUAUUGAUGUUAAAUUUUGAUGAUAUUCAUGAUUUUGUAUGCCUGCAAUACAAAAUUGCUUC